CCUCCCACCAUGAGCACCACCGCCACCACCGCAGCCGCGGCCGCGGCCUCCCCCUCCCCCUCCGCCGCCCCCUCCCCACCCAAGCGCGAAAAGGCCGCGCACUCCCUCUUCGCCGGCGCGACCGCGGGCGCCGUCGAGGCCUUCAUCACCUACCCGACCGAGUUCGUCAAGACGCGCGCGCAGUUCGGCGGGAAGCGGGAGGCGCCGCUGAGCAUCCUGCGCAGCACCGUGCAGGAGCAUGGCGUGAAGGGCCUGUACGCGGGGUGCGGCGCGCUGGUGGUGGGGAACGCGGCGAAGGCGGGGGUCAGGUUCCUGACCUACGAUCACCUGAAGGCGAUGCUGGCGGACGAAAAUGGCAAAGUGAGCGCGCCGAGAAGCUUGCUGGCGGGGUUGGGCGCGGGAAUGGCCGAGGCGGUACUUGCGGUGACGCCGAGCGAAACUAUCAAGACCAAGCUCAUCGACGACGCGAAGCGCCCGAACCCCCAAUACCGCGGUCUCGUGCACGGCACUAUAUCCAUCGUGCGCACAGAGGGCAUCCGGGGGAUAUACCGCGGCUUGAUACCAGUGAUGGCCCGACAAGGCGCGAACUCGGCCGUUCGGUUCACGACGUACACGACGCUUAAGCAGUUCGUGCAGUCCACCGCACGUCCCGGCCAGCAAUUACCGUCCACGAUCACAUUCGGUAUUGGUGCUGUCGCGGGGCUGGUCACCGUCUACACAACGAUGCCGCUAGACGUCGUCAAGACCCGCAUGCAAUCCCUCGACGCGCGCUCACAAUACCGCGGCGUCUUGCACUGCGCGUACCGGAUUGCCACCGAAGAGGGCAUCCUGCGCUUCUGGACGGGCACGGGCCCGCGGUUGGUGCGGUUGGUGUGCAGCGGAGGCAUCGUGUUUACGGUGUACGAGAACGUCAUGCGGCUCAUCGCAUAGAUGAGGGCUUGCAUUAUGAGAUGUGGACCUCGGGGACGAGCGCACGUCCGAUGCGGGGAAUGGGGCAGGUUCGGCUGGAUUGGUACGAGUCGGUGCGAAUGUGGGAGGGCGUACUGGGACACACGAAGAUGCCUCGGCGCCUCCGCCUACGCGUAGCACGCGAUGGCCAUCUACGAAGCCGGCGCGAUUGGAUGCGCAAAGUGGCCUCGGGGACGUGCCGCAUCGCCAACGUGAUGAUAGACUGGCUUCUACCCAUCUGUACCCGCUUGCAUAUAGAUCGAAACAGCGCUCGUCGGGCAGAAGAUUUGCAUGGCGAGUUGCGAUCCUCAUUUUGCGAACAACUCAUCUCAAGGCCCUGCCAACGCUCGGGACAGUAGCAAA